AUGUCAUUCAGUUUUAAUUUUGAUGUCCAGUCUCAGGGAGAGGAGUGUCCGAAAAGUGAUAUUCAGAAGAAAGAGGAAGAGGCGAAACCGGACAAUACAGCAAAAACUGAAACGAUUUGUGUCCUCAAGACGAAACAAGCUUUGGAACAUAAACCCCCGGUGGACAGCGAAUCGCUCUUUGAGAAUUCAGUUACCGAGACGCUCACCGUAGGGUCCUUACCCCCUCUGCAUUACCUCAACGAGUGUGUAUUUGAAAGGACUGCCGGCGAACGUGAGGAUGAUGAACAGAUAUUGUCUUGGACUAAGGAUCGAAACACCGACCUCAUCUCCGGAGUUUAUGAGGGUGGCCUUAAGAUUUGGGAAUGCACUUAUGACCUCUUAGAGCACAUGGACGAUGAAGGCGAGACAUUCCUGGGGAAAAGCGUACUGGACCUGGGCUGCGGUGCAGGGUUGCUUGGCAUCUUGGCAUUUAGGAGAGGAGCCAGAAGGAUAGACUUCCAAGAUUACAAUAGCACUGUGAUAGAGCAGUUAACAGUGCCAAACGUGCUCCUUAACUGUGAGGAAGACAGUGACGAAGAGGGAAAAAAUGGGAAUCCAUCACCCAAGAAGAGAACCUUGGAUGAAACACAGCCGCUAAGCAUUACACGAUGCAAUUUCUUUUCAGGUGACUGGAGCUCCUUCCUCUCCCUGAUCCUAAGUAAAGAACCAGUUCACAAAUAUGACAUCAUCUUCACAUCUGAAACCAUUUACAACACGGAAUACUAUCCCUCUCUACACAACGUUUUUCAGAAGUUGUUGGCAGACGACGGAAUCGUCUAUUUGGCCAGUAAGUCCCAUUAUUUCGGCGUUGGAGGUGGGCUUCACUUGUUCCAGACUUUUGUGGAACAGAAAGAUGUUUUCCAGAUGAAAUGCUUAAAGGACAUUGAACAAGGACUGAAGAGGCAUGUUGUGUCCUUGAAGUUCAAGAAGACAAAGUCAGAGACAUAGACAUGGAAUUUUGACACAAGUUUAAUCACACUUGUUUUAUUAAAGCGUGAGACAAUGGACC